GGGACGGGGACGCGGACGGCCAAAGCGAUGGUGCCCCAUCUGGUCCCCAGGUGGCCUGCAUGGCUCUUCCGGUGGCGGACAGCCUGCACUCCGCCAUGCACUCCGGGAGCCUCCAUGCAGCAGAGGACAUGGGCAGGGGCAUCCAGGACCCCUGGCCUAGGCAGCCCUCGGGGGGCUGUGGGCACCAGCCCUCUGGACCGCAGAGGCAGCUCCUCCACGUCCUCCCGUGCCCCCGAGGUGAUGCUGACCCAGGAGCGCUACCCUGUGCAGCGGCUGCCGUUCUCCACGGUGGCUGAGGAAGACCUGGCUGCCUUUGAACGCAUCAUCCCCGGCAGGGUCAUCACAGACCCGGAGGAGCUGGAGGCUUCAAACGUGGACUGGCUGAGAACCGUCCGAGGCUGUAGCAAGGUGCUGCUGAGGCCCCGGACGACAGAAGAGGUGUCUCACAUCCUCAGGUACUGUCACGAGAGGAACCUGGCUGUGAACCCGCAGGGGGGCAACACGGGCAUGGUGGGGGGCAGCGUCCCUGUCUUCGACGAGAUCAUCCUGUCCACUGCCCUCAUGAACCAGGUCAUCAGUUUCCACAGUGUGUCCGGGAUUCUGGUUUGCCAGGCGGGAUGCAUCCUGGAGGAGCUGAGCCAGUACGUGGAGGAGCGGGACUUCAUCAUGCCCCUGGACUUAGGCGCGAAGGGCAGCUGCCACAUCGGGGGAAACGUGGCCACCAAUGCGGGCGGCCUGCGGUUUCUGCGAUAUGGCUCUCUGCGCGGGACGGUCCUGGGCCUGGAAGUGGUGCUUGCUGAUGGCAGCGUCCUGAACUGCCUAACCUCCCUGCGGAAGGACAACACAGGCUAUGACCUGAAGCAGCUCUUCAUCGGGUCGGAGGGCACCCUGGGGGUCAUUACUGCCGUGUCCAUCUUUUGUCCGCCCAAGCCAAGGGCUGUGAAUGUGGCCUUCCUCGGUUGUCCAGGCUUUGCUGAGGUUCUGCAGACUUUCAGUACCUGCAAGGGGAUGCUAGGUGAGAUCCUGUCAGCCUUUGAGUUCAUGGAUGCCGAAUGCAUGCAGCUGGUGGGGCACCACCUCGGUCUCGCCAGCCCGGUGCAAGAAAGCCCAUUCUAUGUCCUGAUCGAGACCUCGGGCUCCAGAGCGGGGCAUGAUGCCGAGAAGCUAACCAGCUUCCUGGAGCAGGUGCUGGGCUCUGGCCUGGUGACCGACGGGACGCUGGCCACGGAUCAGAGGAGAAUCAAGAUGCUGUGGGCUCUGCGGGAGAGGAUCACCGAGGCGCUGAGCCGGGAUGGCUGUGUAUACAAGUACGACGUCUCCCUGCCCGUGGAGCGGCUCUAUGACCUCGUGAGCGAUCUGCGCGCCCGUCUCGGCCCGCAGGCCAAGCACGUGGUGGGCUACGGCCACUUGGGCGAUGGCAACCUGCAUCUCAACGUGACGGCCGAGGCCUUCAGUGCAUCGCUGCUGGGCGCCCUAGAGCCCUACGUGUAUGAGUGGACGGCUGGGCAGCGGGGCAGUGUCAGCGCCGAGCAUGGCCUGGGCUUCAAGAAGAGGGACGUCCUCAGCUACAGCAAGCCGCCUGCAGCCCUGCAGCUCAUGCAGCAGCUCAAGGCCCUCCUGGACCCCAAGGGCAUCCUGAAUCCCUACAAGACACUGCCCGCCCGGGCCUGACGGCGCCUGGUGGGGUCAGUGGGAGAUGCAGGAGGGAGCCUGGUCUGGUUUUGGCUUUGUCUAUUGGGAUG